AUGAAACCGUACAUCGGCAUUCCGGCCGUUGUGAUCCUCGUACACCGUGCCUGGUCGCGAAAGUCACUGACUCCGUUGGGUCUCGUCGUCGCUGCUUUGACGGCCAGCGCCCACGCUCUCCACCCAUGGGCCGCUCCCUUCGUCCUGCUAGGGGUGUUCUACUUUGGCGGCACCAAGGUUACCAAGGUUAAACACGACCUUAAAGCCCGUUUGACGCUUUCCGCGACCGGUUCGGAGGGCGGGGAGGGCCAGCGUACCCACAUCCAGGUCUUAGCGAACUCAGUCGUCGCUACGGUGCUGAUUCUCCUCCAUACCUAUGUGAUUGCUGGAAAAUCUACCGGGCAGAGCGGGGCACAGUGUUUCUCGAAUGGUCAUGAUGCGGCGGACUUGUUGGUCGUUGGAAUUGUUGCAAACUACGCCGCUGUCGCAGCCGAUACAUACUCCUCCGAGCUCGGUAUUCUUUCCAAGUCGAAACCUCGUCUGAUCACCUCCCCCACAUUUCGCGUCGUUCCUCCGGGCACCAAUGGCGGCGUAACAACGACUGGACUCCUGGCGGGAGUGCUGGGCGCGUUCACGAUAGCGGUGACAUCUGCAGCCCUCCUCCCGUUCUGUCCCGAAAGCGAUACGUCAUCGACCCUGAAGACCCGGGCUCAAUGGAUUCUCGCUGUGACGCUGUGGGGAGGCCUGGGCAGUGUGCUUGACAGUGUAUUGGGCGGACUGUUACAGGCCAGUGUGGUCGAUAAGAGGACCGGGAAAAUUGUGGAGGGUGCUGGUGGCCAAAAGGUUGUUACCGCUAAGAAUCUACCGUGUCAGAGUAUGGUGCUGACAUGUCUUCAGGUCCUUGUUCACCCUUCUUCAACUCUACCCGGUGUCCCCGCUGAUACCACAGGCCUGAAGCCCGCGGGAUCAUCCUCUGGCGCACAUGUACGCGCUACGGAGGCGGGCGCUGUUACCGCGACUCCAAGAGGGAGCAGGGCUACUGGAACGUCAACAGGGACGUCCGCGGGGGAGACUGCUGAAUCGGGACACGAAAGCCGGCGGGUCGAGAGUGGACAUGACCUUUUGGACAACAAUGCUGUGAAUGUUUUGAUGGCUUUUACCAUGAGUGUUGGCGCUAUGGUAGUCGCAAGUUGGGUUUGGGGUGUGGGUAUUUCUGAGUUGGGUCUGUGGUAG